GCUAAUUUGUCUAUUUUAAUAAUUUCUGCACCAAAAGAGAAGCAAAAGCCAACAACAAUCAAUCUGCUCUUCAGACUCCACUCUUUGAAAAUUAAGGGUGAUGGUGAUGGGCAGUUUUUCAAGUUCAGCAGCGCAGCCGGGUCGGGUUGACAGGCGAGGGGGCUGGAUCACCUUCCCUUUCAUCAUAGCAACGGUGGCGGGGUUGACGAUGUCGGCAGGAUGGGUAACAAACCUAAUAACGUGUCUGAAGGAGGAGUUCAACAUGAAAGACAUAGAUGCAACUAAGGUUUACAACUAUGUGAAUGGGAGCAUCACUGUGCUUCCUAUUAUUGGAGCAAUUAUUGCAGACUCCUUCUUAGGCUGCUUCUCUGUCAUCUGCUUUUCUUCUCUCAUUUCUUUGUUGGGAAUAGUGCUGCUUGUAUUAACAGCAGCAAUCAAUCAGCUGAGGCCUCCUACCUGCAGUGAAAAGGGAUCACAACAUUGCAAAUACCCUUCACAAUUUCAGUUUGCAAUUUUGUACCUCAGCUUGGCUCUAGCAUCUCUGGGCACUGCAUUCUCACGUUUCACUAUUGCACCAAUGGGAGCAAACCAGUUCCACUCCCCAAAACAUCAAGAUAUUUUCUUCAACUGGUACACUUUCACAAUGUACAUAGCCAAUAUUGUGAGCGCCACCGCUACCGUAUAUGUGGAGGAGAACGUGGGCUGGACGUGGGGGUUCAGCCUUUGCGCUGUGGCCAAUGUGCUCGGUUUAGUAGUUUUCUUGUCCGGUACCAGAUUCUACUGUUUUGUCGAACGACAGGGCAGCCCCUUCAAGAGUUUGGCAUGCGUUGUCUUUGCGGCCAUCAGUAAAAGGAAGAUGGUUCUUCCAGUGGAGAGUGAAAAUUAUUAUCAUGGUCUGCAUGGAGAUGCCAUCAAGACAGUGGCUAAGCCUCCUACACAGUUUUUCAGGUUCUUGAACCACGCAGCCCUGAGAACCGAAGGAGAAACCACACCAGAUGGUUCGAUCACAAACCCCUGGAGACUCUGCACAGUGCAACAAGUAGAAGAUCUCAAAGCAAUCAUCAAGAUCCUCCCAAUAUGGUCAAGCGGCUUAAUCUUGUCUAUUCCCAUUGCGAUCCAAUUAAGUUUCAUCAUCUUCCAGGCCAAAACCAUGGAUGCUCGUCUCGGAUCCCACUUCAAAAUCCCAGCAGCUUCAAUGCAAGUCUUCACACUGAUCUCAACUUCCAUAACAAUAGUAAUAACAGACCGCAUUCUAUUCCCCCUCUGGGAAAGACUUGCUGCACACCCUCUUACAGCUCUUCAACGUGUCGGGGUCGGACAUCUCUUCACCAUACUCAGCAUGGCUAUCUCAGGAGCUGUCGAGUCCAAGAGGCUGAAAAUAGCACAGUCUGAGAAUGUUCAAAACCAAACAAAUGGUUCUGUGAUUCCCAUGUCAGUUUUCUGGCUGGGGCCUCAGCUGGCUGCUGUUGGUAUAGCAGAAGCGUUUCACUUUGCCGGACAGGUUGCUUUCUACUACCAAGAAUUUCCGGGGUCGCUAAAGACUAUCUCAACUGCGGCUGUUGCUGUGUCUAUCGGCGGUGCGUUUUAUUUGAGCAACGCAGUGAUUGACGUGGUCGAACGGGUGACGGAGUGGCUGCCAGAAAAUAUAAAUGACGGGAGAUUGGACAAUGUGUAUUGGCUUUGUUGUACCUUGGGAGCACUGAAUUUCGCUUACUUUCUUGUGUGUGCAUCAUUGUACAAGUACCAAGGUGUUGAUAAUGUUGUGGAUGAUUCCAACAGAAAUUGAAAAAUGAUUCCAGGUUGAUAAACUUGUUGGUUUUUAUUCUACUUUUUAUCAAGGCCUCUGCACUAAAGGAUAUUCCACAAGAGGAAGUGUGGCCCAAACAUCAAAUCUUGAAUUACAAAAAAUGCGCUCGAUUAUACAAGAAGCAGCAAGAAUAAACAGAAAAAGGUAAAGCUCGGAUAUAAUUACAUGUCUGAUCUAGCUAAUGUUACACUCUCUGGAGUUUCCACCCUCCUCGGAAGGAU